UUCUCGGUGACGUGGGGGAGAGGUCGAAACCUAUAUAGAGAAGGAGAAUCUCCCUGAGGUGGAAGCAAUUCUUCUUCACCGACUGCUCCAUAUAAAACCCCUAAUCCCCUCCACCCGCUGAUCAAAAGAGAAGCCCCUCCGUCUCGAUAUUCGACUUGGUUAGUACCCGCUGCCUCCUUCUGGGUUUGGCUUUCUCCUUUUUUCUCUCGAAUUGUUAGCUGUUCUUUUCCGAUUCACGAGUAGUUUGAUAGAUAAAGUUAUCGGUGGUAAAGUUAGGAUGAUGAUCAGAGUUAGAAGUAGGGAUGGAUUGGAGAGGGUGAAGGUAGACAACCCCAAUUGCAAGGUUUCGCAAUUGAAAUCCCUUAUCGAGCACCAACUUGGGGUUCCCGCGAACCAACAGAGGCUUUCUUUGAACAAGGACCUUUUGCUGGUUAAAAGCCCAGAAUCGCAACUCAACAAUGGCCAAUUCAGCGAUAUGGAAGAUCCCAACAAGCCGAUUUCGUCGUUGGGCAUCUCCAAUGGAUCGAUUGUGUAUCUCUACUACCAGGGAGAGAGGUCCGUCUCCGGCGUGGCGCGCGUCAGCGCCUCCGGCUCCUUCGGUAGGAGGAUGACCAUAGACGAUCUGAUCGCUCGGCAGACGCGGAUCACGCGGCAGGAGACGCCGCAUUGCGUCUCUGUUUCGUUCGAUCGAGACGCUGCCAAUGCGUUCCAGCAUUACGUGAAUGAGGCGCUGGCUUUUGCCGUGAAACGAGGUGGAUUCAUGUACGGUACCGUUGAUGGGGAAGGGAACGUGUCCGUUGAGUUCAUAUAUGAGCCUCCCCAGCAGGGGACUGAGGAUAAUUUGAUAUUGUUGAGGGAUCCGGAUGAAGAGAAUCGGGUGGAUGCGGUGGCCAUGGGAUUGGGGAUGAGGAGGGUAGGGUUUAUCUUCACGCAGACGGUCGGGCAGACGAAGGGCGACUACACAUUAUCGAAUGUGGAAGUGCGACAGUCGGCUGAGCUCCAUGGUGAGAAUGAAUUGAAGGAAUGGGUCACUGCUGUGGUGAAACUGGAGGUGAACGAGGAUGGGGGUGCCGAUGUGCAUUUUGAGGCUUUUCAGAUGAGUGAUCAAUGUGUUAAGUUGUUCAAGGAUGGUUGGUUCGUCGAUGAUUGUGCGGAUCUCGAUCCUAAGCUGUCAAGGAUGAAGAAGGAUGUUGUCAUCGCGGGGAAGGACACAAGGGACGUGGAUAAUGAUUUCUUCUUGGUGGUUGUCAAGAUUUUAGACCACCAGGGUCCCCUUUCAUCAACUUUCCCCAUUGAGAACAGGAUGACUCCCUUGACCAUGAGAGCUUUGAGGAACCAUCUUGAUCGGGUCAAACAUGUUUCAUUUGUGAAGCGGAUUUCAGAUUUCCACCUGUUGUUGUUUCUUGCUAGGUGUCUUGAUGUCAAGUCUGAUGUCCCGAUAUUGGCUGAGUGUGUUCAGGCACAGAUGCCUGUGCCAGAAGGAUACCAACUCCUUAUUGAGUCGUUGGCUAGUGCUGGUGGGAAUUGAACAAGUUAUUUCUCAGUGUGUUCUCAUGGCAGAAUGAAACUUCGGACGACCCACAUGAUGAAACUAAUCCCAGCAUGACCUCUAGUUCUUUUGUGGUUAGCAGAUGCUUAGUUACAUGUGAAGAGCUCUUUCUCGGAGGAGUUUGGAUGUGUAAUUAUGGAUAUUUAUUCACAAAAAUGGUAAAGAGAAUCGCUUGAACCUA